GUAAAUGGAAAUGAUAAGGAAUUUCAAUAAGAGGAUCACUUUCAAAUUGAGUGUAUAUUUUAUUUCCCACAUUUCUUUCUGUAACUUCUCCCUCUGUUUUUAAAGAAUAAGGAAGAACAUCAAGCUAAUUUAAGAAAAGAGAUGGUCUCAUCGCUCUUGUAGUUGUUGCCUCUUUUUUUGGUGAAACCUCUUUCGAAGCAAUAGAAGGAAGAUGAAAUCUAUUUGAGGUUAGAUUAGACAU